AGCAAACACACACAAACAUAAUCAAAUUCAAAUGAGUAAGAGUUUGACUAUUUCAAUCAGGCCAAAAUGGAAGCCAAAGAUCAUUGAAUUGCGCUCAUCACCAGGGUUGUUGUACAACAAGCCGAGUGUGGUGGCUGGUCGGACAGAUGUUGCUUCUGUGUCACCAUGGUCAGCUCCAAUCAUUUGGGAGGGAACCUUUGACUCCACACUGAUCGACUCCAUCUACAAACAACAACAUCUCACCAUAGCAACCACUGUCUUUGCUUUGGGAAAAUACACACGUUUUGUCAAAGAUUUUCUGGAGUCAGCAGAGCAACAUUAUUUUGUUGGAUUUCGAGUGCAUUACUACUUGUUUACUGAUCAACCAGAAUCAAUUCCUGAAGUGAAGAUAGGUGAAAACCGUAGUUUGACAAUUGAAAAGGUUCCGACUAUGAAUCGAUGGCAGGACAUCAGUAUGAACAGGAUGGAAAAACUGGAAAAACUAAUAGAGAAUGAAUUAUUCAAUGAGGCAGAUUAUAUUUUCUGCCUUGACAUAGAUGGAAAGUUCUAUGGCCGGUGGGGUGCAGAGACUUUGGGUCGUCUCGUAGGUGUGUUACAUCCUUGGCUCUUUAAUGUUCCAAGAAAUCAAUUCACAUAUGAGCGCAGGCCAGAAUCUAAAGCAUACAUUCCCGUUGAGGAGGGUGAUUAUUAUUACGCUGGUGCUGCAUUUGGUGGCUUUUUGGAGGAUGUACAUCUUCUCACCAAAACCUGCAGGGAGCAUCUGAAAAUUGAUUCUGAAAACUCUAUUGAGGCGGUAUGGCAAGAGGAGUCUCACUUGAACAAGUAUUUCCUUUUGAACAAACCUAGUAAACUGCUGUCUCCUGAAUAUAUGUGGCGGGACGUCAAUGAAAAAGCAGCUGAAAUAAAAAUAGUUCGCUACACUAAUGUACCUAAAAACUAUGCUGAAGUUCGUCCAAACCCGUAGAAACUGUUGCCAAUACUCAGCUACACGUAAAUGUUGUGUUCUCACAGUCCUCCCAUUACAUAUUGUGAAUCUGUUAACAGGUAAUACUGGCAACAGUGAAGAUGACAUCUGCCACCAAGAAGUGAAUAAUCACUGAAAAGUACAGAUGUUAAUGAGCACAAUGUAGCAUCAGAAACAAUAUCUAACAAAAUAUUUUUGAACUCACUCACAAUAUCUUAUACAAACACAAUGCUAAAAAUAAAAAAAGAGGUUUUACAGACAGAAGUAUUUUCAAGUGAAGUGCCUUUCAACCCUCACAAUGGUUUAAAUUUCCCAUUCACUCUAUGACAUAUCAUAAUAGUAAAAGUACUACAGAAACAUAUUAGCUGAGCUCCCCACACAUUUUUUAAAUUAUAUAUAUAUAUAUAUGAUUAUGAGCCAUAUUAUUCUAAGCAUGAACCAUAAGAUGUCCACCCAUUCAUAUAUUAAUUUUAAACACGUUUUCAUUGAAAAAUUAAGAUGCAAAUGAUAUUUUCUGAAAGGUAUGAUGUCCCUUUCCUAAACAGGGUUAUUAAAAAUAUUAUAAUAAUAAAAAUAUAAUAUUUUAAACCAUAAAUAAAUGUAACGAUAUUCACACUCCAUACUCAUCGGGAAGAAGGAGGCCGGAACCGGCGCACAAUCAAAACAUUUUAAUAUUCAAAAUAAAUACAAAACAGCGCACCAGCCCCUUGCGGACGACUGGUGCGCGCAAAUAAAAACCAAAACAUAAAAUAAUGUCCCAGGCCUGGUCCUCUCUCGUCCUUCACGGUCGUCGCUGCAGUUUUAUAUCCUUCCAUCUCCUACGUGGGACUCGAUACCGGCGGUGGGGCGCAGGUGCAGCUCAUCUUCAAUCACUACACCUGGCCUCACUCCUCGUUCCCACGCCUCUCGGCCCCGCCCCACUCGCCACAAUAAAAUAAACCAUUUAUUUUUUUAGCAAUAUUAACUACAAAUGAAUGCUAUGUCCACCCUGUCAUGUUUAUGUGUCUAAGUGGCAGACAGGGUGGACAUUUUGAGAUAUAAUUAGCAUAUUAGCUUACAAGAAACUGUGACUAGCUAUAUAUUAAGUCUGGUUGUUGAAGAGAAGUUUGUAUAUUUAAACGUACGUAUUUUGAAAAUACUGUAUUUUAGUCACUUCUGGCAAAUUUUAUGCUGACAGGGUGGACAUGUUAAGCUUUGGCAAAGCAAGUAAGCAAACUCAUACAGAUAUUUUUUUUUUUUUUUUUACCAGUGAUCAGUACACUCAAAUCAGUAAUCUCCUAUUCACCAAAAUAUUAGUAGGAUAAUUUUUGUUUUAAGUUUUAGGAUUUGACAAUAUUCUACUAUCAUACUAUCAUUCAAAUUUAAUGAGCAGUGCACAGGACAAAAUAACACAAAUUAUCUUACAAAAAACUGAUAUUGACCCUUAGAAGUGUUAUAUAGCAAAAACUUAUACGUUUUCAUACUUAAAAUCAUGUUUUUGCUAAAGUAGGUCAAGCUCUGGAGUUGUACAGCGAUGACAUCACAGGCAGUCCCCUCACUGAUAAAAUAUGAGAGGCUUGCCCUUCUCGUCAUUCGUUUUGAAUCACUCGAUAGAGAAACAUCUUGGCACUUGAUAGUCUAUACUUCCUUCCUCAUAAAACAACAUCUUAUAUAACUUCUAUAAUUUAUAUAAAUAGUUAUCAAACUUUUUGCACUACUGUUACAUAACGAACGCAAUUUGCUUGUAUUGAAAGCAUUGACAAAUCCUUUGUUUUAUCACUUUUAUGAAGAGAGUUGAGGUAGGACUUUCAGGGAGCUACAAGGUCUGAAAGCUAAAACCAAAUGUAAACUUAAAAUUAUAUUUUUUGGGUACUGCAAACAUUUUACCUGCCUUUUUGGAUGUUUGGUUGUACACUGAAACAAUAUGUGACAUUUUGAAUAUAUAUUUGAAUACCUUUAGUAGCAAAAAAUCUUAACAAAUAUGUUAAAUAUUUAUAUUAUUUAUAUAAGUACUUUAUGAUUCAUUUGAAUUGUAUUUGUUUUUAUUUGUAUAAAUAAUUGAAGAAACAU